AUGAAAUCUGAAAGGUCCACGAAGGUGGACGAUGAGUCUGAGGAAGAAGAGGAGGAAGAGGAGGAGGAAGAGGAGCCCGAGGAAUUGCCAGAGCCACCUCGAGCCAUCCGCCCACGGCAGAGCGUUUCUGCUGAGGCCUAUGGCGCUUGGAACAAGAAGGAAGCCUUCAGCCCGCCUGUGUACGAGAAGAGUGCCGAGCAGAAAGAACGCAUUGAGAAGUGCCUGGAACGCAACUUCCUCUUCCAUGCUUUGGAUAAGAAGGACUUGGCGACCAUCAUUCUGGCCUGCCAGGAGAAGCUGGUGGAACCCGGAGAGACCGUGAUCCAGGAAGGUGACGAUGGUCAGAGCAUGUACUUGAUAGAGGAUGGGAAGGUGGAAUGCUACAAGCAGCAGAAUGAGGAGGACAAGUUGGUGAAGACCUGUGAUGCCGGGGACAUCUUUGGAGAAUUGGCAUUGCUCUACAACUGCCCCAGAGCCGCCACAGUCAUCUGCAAGGAGGCUUCGACUCUGUGGGAGUUGGACAGGGAGACGUUCAACAAUAUUGUCAAGGAUGCAGCUGCAUCAAAACGGGAGAUGCUGUCCCAAUUCUUGAAGGAGGUCCCUUUGUUUUCAAGCAUAGAUGAGUACGAGCUGAUGACCAUCGCUGACGCUAUGAAGGUGCAGCUCUUGGAAGAGGAGGGCACCACGGUCAUCAAGCAGGGGGAUGUGGGCGACUGCUUCUUCAUCGUAAUGGAGGGCGAGUGCGCGGCAAUGAAGGCCUUCGUUGAAGGCCAGGAGCCUCAGAAGGUAAUGACUCACAAGGUGGGCGACUACUUCGGCGAGCUGUCCUUGAUUUCGAAUGCUCCACGGGCUGCCAGUGUGGCGACAUCCACCCCGAAUGUGCAGCUCAUGUCCAUGGACCGGAAGACGUUCAAGCGGCUACUGGGUCCCAUGGUGGACAUCCUUCGCAGAGAGGCUGUUCGCUACGACACACAUGUGAGCUCAUCGUCUGGCGUUUGA